AUGUAUCACUUGCGGCAGUCAUUCGUACAGAUAUCGAAAACCAAUCCAUUGAUUGUAUUGUCACGAUCCUUAAUCGGCAACAAGAAAUCAGAUGAGCAAGCUGCAGUAGUGCCCACAGAAGAAAGUAAUGGCAUUUCAACGGAAGAGGUUGAGCUCCCAACUAUAGCUGUAGAUGCUGCAAGUAAGGAACGAGCCAUUUUACCAUACAGUCAAGAAGCACUUAAAGUGUUGAAACUAGAUGCGUAUCCUUAUUAUGUAGAACGUGAGUGGUGGAAACAUGGGAACAGAAUGACAUUUUGGUCUAAUUGGAAGAUGAAGAAGGAUGUUAAAAGACGACAUCUGCUUGCUGAACUUGGUCCUGAUCGUGUGAGAUUAAAAGCUUUGAAAUCUAACACAAUAUUGCCGGCAAUAAUUCGUGAUGAAUGUGCCAAAAAGUUGCAUGAAUUUCCAAAAGCCUCAUGUCCUAACAACAUUUAUCAUUUAUGUCAAUUCAGUGGUGUACGGCGUGGUAAACUGAAUAGAUUUCAUCUUCAUAGACAAAUUUUCAGGCAUCUUGCGGACCAUGGCCAACUGUCGGUGUUGAAGUGUGCAGAUGUGCAUUUUUUAACUUCCAAUCUAGUUGGAAUCCCCAGCUCAGAUGUUACUUUAUCUGCAGUCGACAUUGUGGAAAUUAACAAAUAUGUGCUGGGACUUACGGCUAAAGCUCCCUUGACGUGGUCAGGUGAAGAAAAUAUUUUUAAAAGGCCUCGAGCUUUGGCUGUUGUAACUGUUGCUGGUGGAAGAGCUCUAGGUAGCUUCCUACCGUUGGGAUUCGCUGUGUCAGGAGAACUCGGAAGUAUCAAUUUUAAUGAUUUACUUAACGAAAAAAUAUUUGGUGGAGAAAACCAGGAAUGGAUUGUAAUGAGUGAUGGAUUGAUUAGUGGUUCACAAAUCGGCUCUGAUGCACAGAAUACUUUCUCGAAAAUUGAAGUUAAAGUAAAGACCGAACCGCUGCUACAAGAGAUCGAAAAUUUGUAUAAAAUUGCUGAGACGAUCAAGAAAUCCGAAAUUAUUUCUACCGCUCAUACUCCAACAAUAUUUAUUAUUCAUGUUAACGGGUUACCGAUUGUUAAGCAAAAAUUAUCUGUGGAGGAGUAUAUGCAAGCUGUUGAUGAACUAGAAAAAGCAAUUAAUUAUUUGGUCCUGGCUUUAAAGGAAGUGUACGGUGACCGUGUCAUUAUGGAAUUAAUAACUGAAUCUCAAUCUGAGAUUAAAGACAUACAAAAAAGACAGGUUUCUGAAAGUAAUACGGAGCGAAUAAUGAGAUUGCGAAGAGAGCUCAAUGUUUAUCAGUUCUCUUCUUCUAAUUAUCCAGCGAUGUUUGGUAUAUUUUUGUCUGUCAGUGUUAUUCUUGCAUUAGCCGUUCUUUUCGUUGUUGUUGGCUUAUUGAACAUGGAUCCGGGAAAAGAUUCUAUAAUAUAUCGAAUGACAACAACUCGAAUGAAGAAAGAUUGA